AUGAGCUCAUCUAAGGUUCAAGGACUGCGGAUGAAGCAGGCAGUACAGGUGCUUCUCCUAGCUUCUGCAGGUUCUAUCCUACUCGGUCUGGCACCCCUCAAAUCUCUUCUUCAACCCCACCUCCCUCUUCCUUCUCCAUCGAUCGGAUACUCUCUCCUCUUCAUCUCCCUCCUUCUCACUUUCCUCGCCAUCUUCUCCUAUCUCCAAGCUCCACUGAGGUUCAUAUGGAACUGUUUCUUCAAGCCUUUCACACAUUCCGCUCCUGGGGAAGAACAAAAAGACAGACUGAACGCUUUCUAUUCUGGUCAAGCAGAUGUGUACGAUUCAACCCGAUCUCAUUUACUCAAAGGGAGAGAGACUAUGCUUCAACUCUUAGCUAGUCAUCUCAAAGCUCAACCUGUCUCGAUCCUCUCCGGAACGGAGAAACCGAAGAUAUGGGUCGAUAUUGGUGGUGGGACAGGAUGGAACAUUGAGAAAAUGGAUGAAUACCUUCCGAUCUCGUAUUUCGAUGCCAUCUACCUUAUCGACUUAUGCGAACCUCUUCUCGAAGUAGCCCGAGCUCGAUUCGCAGCGAAAGGAUGGAAAAACGUACAUGUUUUGUGUCAAGAUGCUAGUCGGUUCGUCUUACCUGAAUGGGAGUCUGGGAUCCCGCCAUUCUAUCAACUCCUCGAUCGAUGUGACCAAGUUCUCGAUCCUCAACGCGGACUCAUCGGGGUAGUCGACUUUUAUACCUCCCGUGAAGCUGGCAUCAAAGAACGAGCUAUCGGGACUGCCAGCAAACGUGUUUCUUGGAUGGCCAAGUGGUUCUGGGAAUGUUGGUUCGAAUUGGACAAUGUCCAUCUCCAUGGAUCACGACGGGAUUAUCUCGAGUAUAAAAUGGGCACGAUCAAGACUUUCAACGGAAGGAAUAAUUUCCUCAGCACAUGGUUCAUUCAAAUUCCUUAUUACAUAUUCCUUGGUUGUUCUAGAUCACGCGAUGCGACAGUCGCAGCCAAAGCUUUUGAAGUGGAAGCUGGUAAUCGUAUCGGUUUAGGAAAUGGGGGACUCAUGACUCCCACUUCUCCAUUCAAUGUUCACCCUUGGGGAUCGGGUUCUCCGGAAUUGAAAAGCAUGCCUAAUUUUACCCUCGGACCCAGUGCCAUGGGUGUUGAACAAGGACCCCCUGAAUACGCUCAGACAAUUCAAGAUGCUGGUGCCCCUCUCAGUCCGUUUCACUAUCAAUUGAGGAAAUCAUGGAGAGUGCCUUAUUUGGAAGGAAAAAUACAUGAACAAUUUCGCACUCAUAUUUACGGAUGGACAUGGGAAGAUCCCGAUGUCGACGUUCGAAAACUCGGUAUCAACAAGGAUGAUCAUAUACUCGCAAUUACCUCGGCAGGGGACAACGUUCUUCAUUAUGCUCUUUCCGCACAAUGUGCUAGGAUCCAUGCCGUCGAUAUGAAUCCCUGUCAAGGACACAUUUUGGAGCUUAAGCUGGCUGCAAUCACUGCUCUAGACUAUCACGAUUUUUGGCUAUUAUUCGGGGAAGGUCGUCAUCCAGAAUUCGAAAGACUGCUCACUAUGAAAUUAUCUCCCUUUCUCUCUUCUCACGCAUUCGCAUAUUGGAAAACACAUGCUUCGCAGUUCAAACGAAACUUUUACUUUCGAGGGUACUCCGGUUGGGCUUUACGUCUUGCCCAAGUGGCGUUCUUCCUUGCUGGAGUGAGGAAAGAUGUGAAGAGGUUGUGCAAUGCCUCGUCGACUACGGAACAGGAGAGAAUAUGGAGGAAAAAGUUGAGACCGAUCAUUUUUAAUCGGUUCAUGGUUCGGAUGUUUUUGGGUAAUCCUUUCUUCAAUUGGCAUGCUCUCGGUGUUCCAAAGAAUCAAAUGAAUUGUUUUCUACAAGAUGGAACAGUAGAAGAUUUCAUCUCGGCCACUUUAGACCCGGUGCCGAAAUUGACUACUUUGAAGGAUGAUAACUACUUUUUCUUCUUAUGUCUAAAUGGACGAUACACUCGUGCUUCAUGUCCUGCUUACCUCAAACCAGAGGGAUUUCACGCUUUGAAAAAUGCCAAGAUUAACAAUGCGUUCAAAUUGCAUACGGAUACUAUUCUCAACGUCCUGCGAGGUUUACCAGACUCUAGUCUUACCAAAAUCAUAGUCAUGGAUUCCAUGGAUUGGUUUGAUCCUAUACCCCCAACCACCCCUCUACCUCCUGUCGGUGCACAAGCACUGGACCAGUUGGAUCAUUCGCCUGAAGUGGCCUUAGAACAUCUUCGUUCGGAACUCGAUUUUGAGAUAUUGGAAAUGCGUCGUGUGCUCAAGAUUGGUGGUCAAGCUGUAUGGCGUAGCGCAGCAAAAAGACCUUGGUAUAGACAACGAUUCGAGUUGGCUGGGUUCAAAGUUGAACCGGUGGAUAUCAGGGAAAAUGGCAAGGCUAUUGAUCGUGUGAAUAUGUACGCUUCUUUUUGGCGUGCGGAGAAGGUGGUGGAGUGA